AUGUAUGAAACCCGUGCACGGCAUGUUGGCCAAGAUCACGAGAGGAUAGUUCUAGAAGAAACGAAGACCAGAGAGAUGAUGGAAGUCGAGCUUUUCGCCGCCGAGGAGGACGUUUCAGGUGCUGGAACAUUUCAGUUGCAUGCUCAAAGACAAGAAGUCAUGUUGAUAGCCGUGCUUCAACGUUCAGAGGCGAUUCGAACUUCCGAAGAAUGCACUUGCUUAUCUUCUAUGGCUUUGCCGCUUGCAAUCAUACCGGCAUUCAAACGUUUGACAUUCCAAUAUUUACUUCUGAUUGAGACUAUGAGUGACUUCAGAGAGGAGAAAUUGCAGAGCCAUCGCAAACUCGAUGCCAAUGAUGUUCCUGUACCGACAGAGGAAUCCGAUAUCGUAAAGGACAAUGCUACUUUUGCCAGCCUGGGACUGGACGCACGUUUGCUCCAAGGCAUCGCAAAGCAAAACUUUCGAUCACCAACACCCGUACAGAGCAAGACAAUCCCACUCACAUUAGAAGGACGCGACCUUUUAGCUAGAGCUAAGACUGGUUCUGGAAAGACUGCUGCUUACCUACUACCAAUUCUUCACUCGAUAUUGAAGCGGAAAGAGCUUUCUGCAACUCAAUGCACAUCCGCCCUCAUUCUUGUACCCACCCGAGAACUUGCAGAUCAAGUCUUCAAAACAGUUGAAUCCUUCACCGCAUUCUGUGCGAAAGAUGUUCGAGCAGUCAACCUGACCCAGCGAGUUUCCGAUGCUGUCCAACGAUCACUUCUCGCAGACUCUCCAGAUAUUGUAAUUGCAACACCAGCGAGGGCUUCCCUGAAUGCCAAUACAUCUGCGCUUUCACUCGCAAACCUUACACACAUGGUGAUUGAUGAAGCUGAUUUGGUUUUGUCUUAUGGUUACGAUGAGGAUUUGCAAAAUGUUGCAAAAAUCAUGCCUAAGGGCGUGCAGACUAUUCUAAUGAGCGCUACAUUGACGCCUGAGGUGGAAACUUUGAAAGGACUUUUCUGCAGGAAUCCCGAGGUAUUGAAAUUGGAGGAGGCUGAGGCUGAGGGAGAAGGUGUUAGUCAAUUUGUUGUGAAAUGCGCCGAAGACGAGAAGUUCCUCCUGGUAUAUGUCAUAUUCAAAUUGAAGCUUAUAAAAGGAAAAUGCAUCAUAUUUGUGGGAGACAUCGACAGAUGUUAUCGAUUAAAGUUAUUUUUGGAGCAAUUCGGAACAAGGAGCUGCAUCCUUAACUCGCAAUUGCCUGUCAACUCACGUAUCCACGUCGUCGAAGAAUUCAACAAAAACGUUUACGAUAUCAUCAUUGCUUCGGAUGAGCAUGAAGUUUUAGGAGAUGAGGAUGAAGAAAAACCCGAGGAAGUGGAAGAGGUGGAGGUGGAGGUGGACGAAGCUGGCGAAGGAGAUAAAGAAGACGCUAAGGAUGCAAAGAAGGAAACCAAGCAACCCUCGAAGAAGAAGCAGAAGGCCGGGAAAAGAGACAAAGAAUACGGAGUAUCGCGAGGAAUUGAUUUCAAGAAUGUUGCCUGCGUCCUUAAUUUUGAUCUGCCAACAUCAUCCAAAUCAUAUACUCACAGAAUUGGUCGAACUGCUCGAGCAGGCCAGACGGGUAUGGCACUAUCGUUUGUCAUACCAUCCGAUUUGUAUCGAAAGCACAAACCAACCAGCAUCGGAUCCGCGAAAGAUGACGAGAAGGUGAUGGCAAAGAUUGUCAAGCACCAAGCAAAGAACGGCAAAGAAGUUAAACCAUAUAAUUUUGAUAUGAAGCAAGUGGAUGCUUUCCGGUACAGAAUGGGCGAUGCGCUACGAGCUGUGACAGGUAUUGCAGUUCAGGAGGCCAAGACUCGGGAGAUCAGACAGGAAUUAAUGAAGAGCGAGAAGCUCAAACGCCAUUUCGAAGAGAACCCAAGCGAUCUUUAUCAUCUUCGUCACGAUGGCGAAUUACGACCUGCUCGAGUACAAGCACAUCUGAAGCACGUGCCUGAUUAUCUUCUCCCAAAAGAAGGCAAGAAAGGGAUUACUGGUGGAGAUAUUGGAUUUGUAGGAAUGCACAAGACGACAGAAAACCGGAUUAGGAAGGCUAGGAUGGGAAACAAGGCGAAGGGACGAGGGAAAGGUCGGAAAUCAGAUCCUUUGAAAACUUUCAAAGUGAAGUCGAAGAAAUAA